AUUGGGGCCGAUUGCCGUGCGGCUGUGGAUCGACGAUCGCAGUCUGUCUCGCGUUUCCAUGCCGUGAACAACGUAAGAGUUGUUCGCGUUUAAAAAUAAACUUGGCAAACAGAAAAAAAAACGCAAAAAUUAUAAAAACGCCCGCGUAUAAAUAAACUUACUAAAUGUACGAAACAGUUCGUUAAUUGUGCACAGAUUUGGAUAAACAAAAACAAAAAAAAAGAGAGACAGAAACCAAAUGACGGCAACCGAAGAAGCGCCACCUCCGGCCGUAAACCAAAUGGAUAUGGCCGUAAAUGCAAAUGCCGCCGAUCCGGAGGAUAUAACACUGGACGCCAUACUGAAGCACAUUGGACAGUUUGGACGCUUUCAGUUGUUUAUAUUUUUGCUGAUCUGUUUGCCAAUGAUGUUUCACGCCAUGUUCUCCGUAACAUACGUUUUCACGGCCGGAACUGUGAUGCACAGAUGUAACAUUACAGAGUGCGAUCGACCCGAUAGCCAAUACGACGAGCCCUGGACCGAGUAUAGCAUACCAAAGAAUGGCAGGGAGCUGGACAAAUGCAAUCGUUACGAUAACUAUCAGUUGUCUUCAUGGAAUCAAAAUCAGAGUAUCUGUCUCUCCGAUAACUACAAUAAGGAGAAAAUCGAGCGAUGUCCCGGCAACGAUUUCAAAUUCCGCGAUCAAGAAUUCACCAUUUCCAAUGACUUCGAGAUUUUCUGCGACGAUGAAUGGAAAUUAUCACUUGUCGGCACCAUAAAUAAUCUGGGACAAUUCUUUGGCAUUCCGCUCGGAGGUUUUGUUGCUGAUCGUUAUGGCCGCAGCUUUUCGAUUGCCUUGGGCGGGAUUUUGGGCGCCGUGUUGGGCAUUGUGCGCUCCUACUCACCCAACUAUAUUUGUUUCCUUGUUUUUGAGUUUUUGGACAACAUGACCAGCAGCACCCUGUACUCAACGUGCUUUGUGAUUGGCAUCGAGCUGGUCGGCCCGAAGCGUCGUGUGCUCGCCUGCAGUGUCAUAACCGUUUUCUAUGCCGUGGGCGAAGUGGCCCUGGCCAUGUUUGCGAAGGCCUUUCCGCACUGGCGCACUCUGCUGCGCAUUGCCUACACGCCUUCGCUGAUUCUGUUCGCCUACUUCUGGAUCCUGCCCGAGAGCGUGCGCUGGCUGCUAAGUGUCGGCAAGGAGGAGCGUGCCCGGGCCAUUCUGCGCCGAGCGGCCAGGGUGAAUAAGCGUAAGUUGUCGGAGAGUGCGUUGGACAAAUUGGUCAUAGCCAAUCGGGAUAAGCUGCAGCAGUCUGAUGAGAGUAAAUUUCCAAUUCGUGAGGCCUUCAGCAACUUUAAGUGGCGCAUUGCCAAUUGCUCCCUGUGCUGGAUUGUCCAUGUGCUGGUCUACUAUGGGCUCAGUUUGAACGUGGUGCUUUUGGAUGGCAAUAAGUACAACAAUUUUGCUUUCAUUGCACUGGUGGAGAUUCCGGGCUUCUUUAUGCCACUGCUCAUCAUGGAUCGCUUUGGCAGACGAUACUCCCUGUGUGGUCUGAUGCUGUUCAGUGCUCUGUGUUGCAUAGGCACCAUUUUCGCAGGAGGCGAUCAACAGGUCCUGCAGCUGGUGCUCUUCCUGGUGGGUAAGCUGACCAUCACGGCUAGUUUCCAGGUGCUCUAUUUCUUCGCCUCAGAAAUCUUUCCCACUAAUCUGAGGAACAGCUUGUUGAGCUUUUGCUCCAUGAUGGGCAGAUUUGGUUCCAUGUUGGCGCCGCAGACGCCGCUAUUGGCCAAGUAUUACACAAACGCUCCAGCCAUUCUCUUUGCUUGCGCUGCCAUAUUUAGCGGAUGUCUAACUCUGUUCUUUCCCGAGACCACAAACCUGGUAUUGCCCACAACGGUCAAGGAAGCGGAUGCUAUUGGUUUCAAGAAGAAACCGCCAAAGGAUCAGAAUAUCAACCUGCCCGCAUAAUAGAAUCAAUUAAAUCUGCAAACAAAUUUAAUUUUAAGACAACCACGAGACAGUUCAAAGACACAACUUUGCAUUAUAUAUAACUAAAUACAGCAUAUAUUUACAUAUGUGCUGCACAUAAACCUUUUUUUUU